AUGAAUUUGCUAUCAUUGUUCCCGGACAAUGUGCUGGUAGAGGUGCUACUAAACUUGAGUCCAUACGACAUCAAUAAUCUUUAUUCCAUUGAAUCAGUUUCAAAGAGAUUGGUAAAUUUUAUAUCGUUAACAAAAGAUACGAAUGAUCUUACGGUUUUCAACAAUGUUCCAAAAGAAUCACAGGUACUUCUUCCAAAAAAUUCCAAAAGAUUUGCAAUAAAGCGUGGAUAUAUACAACUUUUUGAAUUUAAAGAUGCUAAAAGUUACACUGAGAUAAUUUCAAAGCUUUAUGAUUCAACUCCAAAAUUUAUCGUAUUUCCAGGUACUGAUCAUGGACCUGCAAUAGACAAAUUAGUGGACGUUAACGAAUGUUUUGGUAGAAAUACUAAAUCUAGCUUUCAUUACUUCAUGUUUGAACCAAAAUUUAUACGCCAAUGGGACGUUAUUUUCUAUCCUGAAUUAUUCCAUUUCCCAAAUUUAAUUGAUAUCGAGUUACGUGGUUCUAAAAUCAUAUCAGAUAAGAAACAAAAGCUUUUCAACUAUAAUAAGGCUAAAUCUUUAUUCAUUUCAAACUCAAAAAGAGAUUCAUCAAAAAAGUUUUUCAGUGCUAUAAAUUUUGAAAAAAAUGAUCCUUUAGAAAAGCUGGUUUUAUUAGAUUCAAGUCCAAACGAUCUUAAUCUGUUCAAUCAAAUAUUCAACAAUAUAACACAUAUGGAACUUGGAAUAGGUGAUGAUAAUAAAAUUUUUGAUCCAUCACUUUCUUACAAUUGUUUUAAUAUUACAGGAUGUGACUUUCUUAACCUUAAAAGUCUCAAAAUAAAGUGUUCUUCAGGUGGUAUCAUUGAAAACUCAUCUUUUCCCAGCCUUGAAGCUCUUUCAAUCUGUCAAGACACAAGCACAAUCGAAUGCUACGAAUUAAAGAAAAUCACUUUGAAGAACUUAAAGCUCCCAGAACUGAUAGACUUCCAGUGGAUCUCAUCCUUUUCUGCUCCUAUAAUAGGAAGGAAUUUUGAAGCCCCCAAACUCGCACUUUUGAGACUUUAUAUAAAUAAAGAUUACCAAAGGUCAAUCCCAACUAAAAUUUGGGAUGAGAUAGAAACUCAAGAUGCAAGGGAUUUCAGAAAUAACAUACUUGGUUUAGCCUCCAUUAUUCCUGAAUAUUUGGUGAUUGAUUGUCCUCUGAUCUUGAAAGCUUUUGAUUCAAAUGAUGUAUUAAAGUAUAUAAAGAAUAUGGUUUUUAGUGCAGAUUUCAUAAAGCCAAAAGAGAUCAGCAUAUUUAAUGGAUUGAAAUUUGAUAAUUUAAUUAAUUUAGCGUUUCAAAAUAUUGAUCUUGAUGAUACAGAAGCUGAGCUACCCGAUUUUCAAGCACCAUCGCUAAACCAAUUUAUGAUUACAACUUCAGAAAUCAAAAGAGUACUGAAUGAUAUUAGAGGUUUUAAAUCUUUGAAAAACUCAAAAGAGCUCGUUUUAGAUGCUAAAGACAAUGAUUUGGUGGUAGAAAUUUAUGGUAGUGAGGUCCCACGAGAACUUGAAAAACUUCUUAUUGAAGUAUCCUUUAAUCAAAAGAUUUUCGUCACAGGAAGGUUUGAAAAUCUCAAAAGUUUAGUUUUAAAAGGUUCUUACUCUAAUAAGUCUGAUAUUAGGAUAAAAAUUUCUGCACCAAAUUUAGUUCAAUUAAAAGCAGAAGCCAAUGGCUUUAAUUUAAAGAAUCUUGAACUGUUUGAUUGUCCAAAAUUGAAAUUGAUAUCGGCUUCUAAGGCAGAGAGAGUGAUUACACAUGAGGAUUUACCUUCGUUGAAGUACCUCAAGAUUCUAGAUACAAAAGAUGCGGAUGAAAUUGAUAUAAAGGCAUCGAAUUUGACGCAUAUUGAAACCCCAUUAAAUCAUAAAGCUAAGAUUCAAAUGGCUGAUAUUACAGGCAGUGAUCAAAAGAGGCAGAAAUUAGGAGUAUCUAACACCCAGAACAAAUAUGAAAUCAGUGAACUUGUGGAUGAUGAAAAAUUAGAAAUUCAUCCACUUUUAGAUGUGAUUUCAAAUAAAUUCAAACUUGAUCCAUAUGACAUUCUAAAUAGUAAUUAUCAGUACGAUUAA